AUGCCUAGACUCUCCAACCCGACUUUGACUUGCAAACGCCCUAUCAAAUCGUUUAUUCAAAGACGCUACUUAGCCACAAGAACAGCAGGCGACUCACCAUUUGAUCAUUUACCCAGAUCACCCCCCAAUCGCAAAUGGAUCAAUUGGAAGACAACAACGGCAUUUUUUUUACUUGGGGGAUAUUUGUCAUAUAACGAGACCUUGUUUAACCUUUAUGAGAAGUACACAGCUAUUGAUGACAAGCAAACCCUGACCAAUUUGCAAGCUUUACAAUUGGAAUACAAGUUGAAGAAUUUACCCAUUUAUCAGAAAUUGGCACAUCCUAAAAACAACCAUCAAUGGUUUAAAUUACUGAGCUGGGAGAAUCUCGAUCGAAAUGUGUUGGAUAAUCAGGAUUUGUCAGUAAAGACCCAAUCGGAAUAUCAUGAACCAACAUUGACGAAUAGAACUUUGAGCAAACCCGGUGGGAUCUUGAUUAAACCAGUGACAUUUCACAAUAUUGAAACCGAUGAAGGGGUUUCCAUCAUUCAUGCCGGAUACAGAUUAUGCGGAUAUCCAUUUAUUGUGCAUGGUGGCAUUAUUGCUACUUUAUUGAAUGAAACAUUUAAGAGAAAUGCUUCAUUGUGUAAAGAUACAACAUCAAACUUGAAGGAUGAUUUUAAAGUGGAAAACUUGACAAUCAAUUACAAGCGCCCUACAUUUGCUAAUCAGUUUUUGAUCAUAAAGACAAAGACGAAACCUAGUGAACAAAACGACAAGAAACAUAUUGUGUUGGAGAGUGUGAUUGAAAAUGAAGAUGGUAAAGUGUUGGUAAAGAGUCAAGCCAUGUUGCAUGAUACUGGACGGGCGACAAAUAGAAGUAAAGAGAAGCAAAAAGCGGAAAAGAGAUGGUGGUAG